AAAUUAGACAAGAGGAGAAAAACUGAAAUGUGUGGGAAAAUGUAAAAGAGCUGGCUUACAAUCGUUGCUGCUGAUACCAGAAAACAACUGUGAGAACGAAAGUGAGCUGUAACUGUAAUCUAUGAUCCAUCAUAAUUCUCACCCCCUCCCAGUUUCCUCUGUCCUGAUUCGUCGUCCGAUUUCCUAAACCCUAAGUUUUUUCUCCCCAAUUGACCUCAGAUUCGCUUCCAAUCUCAACAAAUUUAUCAUCAACUUUUGUGCUAUUUGUCCCUUAAUUCACAAUUUUUUUUGAGGGGCUACAUAAUUUGUCAAUGCAAUGGUGGUCUGCAAAUGCCGCAAAGCAACUAAGCUAUACUGUUUCGUGCACAAGACUCCUGUUUGUGGAGAAUGCAUAUGCUUUCCUGAACACCGAAUUUGUGUGGUCCGCACCUACUCAGAGUGGGUAAUAGAUGGAGAGUAUGAUUGGCCUCCUAAUUGCUGUAAAUGCAAAGCUGUGCUCGAGGAAGGAACAGAUCCUCAAACUACUCGCCUUGGCUGCUUGCAUGUUAUACAUACAAAUUGCUUGGUUUCGCACAUUAAAAGUUCUCCUCCGCACACAGCACCAGCUGGAUAUGUCUGCCCUGCAUGCUCAACUUCGAUAUGGCCUCCAAAAAAUUUCAAGGAUUCAGGAUCACACCUUCAUUCAAAGCUUAAGGAGGCAAUUACGCAAACUGGUCUUGAGAAAAGUGUUUUUGGAAGCCAUCCUGUCUCAAUGACAGCACCAGACCGCGGUCCACCCCCUGCCUUCUCUUCAGAUCCCUUGAAGCGUGUAUCAGGUGCUGGAGGCAUCGAAGGAAUGAAAAAUGAAGCAACAGUUGGUGUUGGAACAGGCUCAUCUAGAGCUACUACACAAGAUAUUGUAGAGAUAGAGGGUUCUCCCGCUAGUUCUAAUCAUGAGCCUAAUUUUGUUAAAGCUGGAAGUCCCGCAACUGCUGGGGCUACUACACGGAAAGGUACAAUACAUGUUGAAAGGCAGAACUCUGAAAUUUCAUAUUUUGCCGAUGAUGAGGAUGGGAACAGGAAGAAGUACUCUCGAAGAGGUCCUUUUCGUCAUAAGUUCCUCAGAGCACUGCUGCCCUUCUGGUCUAGUGCUUUGCCCACUUUGCCAGUAACUGCUCCAUCUCGUAAGGACUCGUUAAAUGCUGAUGAUAUUACAGAAGGACGUGUGCGGCAUCCGAGAUCAUCAAGAAUGGAUCCAAGAAAAAUUCUCCUUUUCAUAGCCAUAAUGGCAUGCAUGGCAACAAUGGGUAUCCUCUAUUACAGACUUGCUCAAAGUAGCCUGGGCCAGGAAAUGCCUAAUGAUGAGCAAUAGUGAUUUGCUGUGUAAGUUAUUAAUACCAAUUGGAAGAAAGUUUAUACCAUCCUUCACUGUUUGAGUCUCUUGGCCAGUUGUCUGAUUCUUCUAAUGUGUAGACCUCAUCGCUAGGUGUUUUUUUGUUUUUUGGUUCUUUUAAAUGUCACUACACCAUGUCUCUAUAUAGAACUGUUAAACCUCACUUGAUGACAAAUUUUCAUCUCCACUUCUCAUUUUGUUUUCAUAUUGGCGAGGAGUUUCUAUUCUUUUUCA